AUGAGUAACGGCAACUCACCCCCCAGCCUGAGAGCUGUUGAUGCCUUUGCGCGCGUCUUAUACCGUCGCGCCAAGGCAUCGGGACCAGAUUUCGACGACGUCGCCAACGUAGUCCGUCGCCUGCACACGGUCCUCAAGCACCUCAAGGUCGAGUCCGAAGACCAAGACUCCCUACUCAAUUCAGACGCCUCAUCAGUCUAUAACCGCCAGCUCGCACCCCUCGUUGAGGACUGCGACUUUGCCCUGAAGCAACUCGAGACCAUGAUCGAAAAGUAUGGCGAGGGUACACAGCUUGAAGAGCGCGAGCGUGACAUGUUGGCCAUGGUUCGCACGAAACUUGCCAACCAAGAAACAGCUAUCGAUAUGUUUCUCGACACAGUACAGCUGCACAAUCCCAGUAAAGCCCAACGCGUAGUAGACGAACAAGGCGGAAACUUGGACAAUAUUAAGGACAAGGUGGACGCCAUUGCCGCAAGGUUAUUUGCACGGAGAGACAGCGGCAUUGGCGACGAUGAAGAGGAUCUUUGGCAACAGUUUCGAGCCGAGCUGGAAAAGGAGGGCUUCUCAAAGGAAGUGUUGCGCAAGAACAAGGAGGUUCUGCGUGCAUACAUCCGCGAGCUCGAACACUCAACUGGCAAUGAUGCUACGGCACCGCCAUCGGUCCGCGGGCUUCUAGCCCAGGAGCGCGCAUAUCCCCAUCCAGCCAUGGCGGUCACACCUGCAUCCUACCAGGGCCGCGACAGUCAUGGUCCUGGAGAGACGUACGGCUCAUACGACGAUAAGUAUGCUCCGGCUGUAAGAGGUGACCGCCGUAUGGCAGACCAGCGCUCCGCCCCCAACCUGCCUAACGAAUUCAGUACCCUUUCCACUUAUGAAAGGGAACAUGGCGCGGAGGACGAGCACAACGACUCUCUCGCCCUCAUCUCAACCCGCGAUCUCAUGGCCAUGGACACCAUCAACCACGGCAUGGAGAACCUUCGCCUCACUGCUGCUCACAAUUACAGCACCUCCCCUUCAUCUACUUCACCGGCAAACCGCUAUUUACCACCAGAUGUUGCAGCUGCCCGCGCUGCAGCAGACUUCUCCUCCUCGCCCUCCAAUCUAGGCGUAUCACCACGCUUCGUACCUCCAAUCCCUCAUGCCAGUGGUGUGCCCCCUUCUGCUUAUGGUGCAUCCCCGCGUACGUCUCAGAGCCGUCUUGCACCAGACCGUUACGGCAUGGAUAUUCCCCUGGAAGCCAAGUGGACGCGCAUCCGCCGUGCCCUGAUCUCCCCCGAGAUCCUUGAGCGUGCAGGCGUCCGCUAUGAGGCUCGCCCAGACUAUGUCGCAGUCCUCGGCGUUCUCAGCCGUGAAGAGAUCACCAACUAUGCUCGUCUCUCUGCCGAGGCCCGCGCUGCACGCUCUUCAAGACGUCACAACGGCGGCCCCCCGCCAAAAGUUGGUCCUAUGCAAGGCUCACCUCGCCGCCGCGGCGAUUCACAUACCUCGUCAUCAGAGGAGCCUCUCUGGGACUCUUCCGACAACUCGUCAGAAGCCAGCUAUCCCGACGAGGAGAAGGGAAAUAAGACAUACUACAUCGUUCCGCCGCCCUCCGACAAGGAGAAGGGCACAUCUCCCGCCGCAACGGUCCAACCAAAGCCCAUCCUCAAGAACAAGAACGAGAAUCAUGUUCGCUUCGACCCGCAGCCGCAUGAGCUCGACCCCCACGCCUCAUCUCCUCGUUCCUACCGCGACGACCGCGAUCGGAGGAGAAGGCCCUCGCGCCGCGAGCACAGGGAUUACGAGAGCAGAGACCGUGACGGCCACUACAGAGAUCGCGAGCGGGAGCGUGACCGAGAUCGUGGUGAUCGUGAGAGAGACCGCGACCGCGACCGCGACAGCCACAGAGACCGCCACCGUGACCGGGACCAUUAUCCCAGCCGUCACCACCGCGAGCGAUCUGACCGCGACAGGCGAGAUAAGAAGAAGGCCUGGGGUGAGACUCUUGGAGCCGUGGGUAUUGGUGGUGCCGCGGCCAGUCUGCUAAGCGUUCUCACUGAGGCAGCCUCAGUGCUGUGA